AAAAAACAGCUUUUCUCAUUACAAGGUCAUGAAGAUGACUUUGUAACAGUUGUGUAACAGCAUUCCUCAGGAGAUCAGGAAAUGAAGGCAUGGAUAACAAAUGUGCCAUCUAUGCACCAAUAGACACUACCAAUUCUCUGACCUCUUCUUCAAUGGCUUAUCCAGACAUGGCUUCUCUUUCCCUAGGUCCAAAUUAUGCUGCAGUUUCAAGCAUUUCUUCAUCCCAUGAAAUGGAACAUGAAAGAUCUACCUGGGGUUUUUCCUUCAUGGAGAAUGAAGGAAACGGUGUCUCAGAUUGCAGUCUGGGGUCUGGAGAUCAAGACAAUGGUACCAUAAAUCUCAAUGCUAGCAUACAUGAAAAGAGCUCCAAUGAAAAUGGGUUCAUGAGUGGGAAAGAAUCAGAUACUGGACAGUCCAAGCUUUGUGCUAGAGGUCACUGGAGGCCUGCGGAAGAUGCUAAGCUUAAGGAACUUGUAGCCCUCUAUGGCCCCCAGAACUGGAACCUUAUAGCAGAAAAAUUAGAAGGAAGAUCCGGUAAGAGUUGCAGGCUGAGAUGGUUUAAUCAGUUGGAUCCGAGGAUCAACAGAAGAGCUUUUACAGAAGAAGAGGAGGAGAGGCUGAUGCAAGCUCACAGGCUCUAUGGAAACAAAUGGGCAAUGAUAGCCAGGCUUUUCCCCGGCAGAACUGAUAAUGCAGUGAAGAACCACUGGCAUGUGAUAAUGGCAAGGAAGUAUAGAGAACAGUCCACUGCCUACAGGAGGAGAAAGUUGAGCCAAUCUGUGUAUAGAAGGAUGGACGAUCCAACUCCCCCCAUAAGACCAGAACCACCACCAUAUAAUAGAAGAUUCCACAAUGUCUCUUCAUACCCCUUGGGAACGUUCAACAGCAACACAGCCACCGUUAAUGGUGGUGGUGGGAUUGAUUAUGGCUUCAACGGUGGGGGCGAAGCAGUUAACCCUGUUUUGAUAGGUUUGUUGAGCCAACCCAGACCUUGGGAUGGGCCAAUUGAUGAAACCAACAUCACUGCUGCAGGUUUCCAUCGUUCACAGCAGAUGGCAAUGCAACAGUCAGACUUCUUCACAGAUUCAGCUGCGGCUGCAGCAGCAGCAAAAGUUCAAGUUUCAGCUACGACUGAAGCUAAUUUAUCGGCAGCAGCAGCCGGGAGCAGAGUGGAUGACCAUUAUGAGACCAUUCCACCUCCAUUCAUUGACUUUCUUGGGGUAGGAGCCACAUGAAACAAGCUAGAAGCAAUGAAGGAAAAAGGCUGGAGGUCAAGGGUUUCCAGCUUAGUGCCUCAGGAUAUCUGAGAGAUCAUUCAAGGUAAACAGAGAGAAGAAAAAUAUUUUGUUGCUGCUGUUUGGUGACAGUGUAGAUAAUCUGCAUCAUCAGUCUGUUGUAGUCGUAUCCUGUUUACAUCAUCUUUUUCUUUGUUUCUUGUUUCCCAAACUUGAAACAAAUAACAAAUAUUAUCAAUUUGC